UCUCUCUUUCCCUGUCUCUCUCCUAAACCAUAGACAGAAAUGGCAGAGAAUUUCACAAGCAAAACAUAUUUGCUCAUCUUGUUAUACAUCACCUGUUUGGUAUCCAUAAUAAGGAAAUCCAAGCCAUGGUUAACUUUACUCCCAAAUGAGCUCUUCACAAAAUACCUUGACAUCUCCAACAGGCUCCAUGUUGAUGCUGAUUCAAUAAACUUAGCCUCAACCGAUUACGGCAACAUAGUUCACCAAAUUCCAGCGGCGGUUCUACGCCCAUCUUCCGUACAAGACAUCACCAGUCUCGUCAAAUUCGCAUACGAUUCCUCGACGGUUCCCGUCACUAUAGCCGCCAGGGGCCGUAGCCACUCCGUCCGCGGACAGGCCAUGGCACGUGACGGGGUCGUGGUGGACAUGAUGGCUUUGAGAGAGAACAGAGAUGAGAGUGGAGGAGUGUUUGUCUCCGGAAGUGCUGGUUCGGGGUUUUAUGCAGACGUCGGAAGCGAGCAGCUAUGGAUCGAUGUGUUGCACCAGACACUAAAACACGGUCUUGCACCGGUUUCAUGGACCGAUUAUCUGUACCUUACAGUCGGUGGAACACUCUCUAAUGCCGGAAUCAGUGGCCAAACGUUCCGUUUUGGGCCUCAGAUCAGCAAUGUCAAUGAGAUGGAUGUAAUUACUGGAAAGGGAAAGUUGGUGACUUGCUCGGCAGAUGCGAAUCCGGAGCUGUUUUAUGGUGUCCUUGGAGGUUUGGGUCAAUUUGGCAUUAUCACCAGAGCACGAAUUCCCUUGGAACCAGCACCAAACAGGGUAAAGUGGGUGCGAAUGCUUUACAGCGAUUUCACAGCUUUCACAAAGGACCAAGAAAGUUUGAUAUCAAUCAAUGGAAGGAACCAAGAGAACGGCCUUCAUUACCUGGAAGGUUCAAUUCUAUUACACAAUCAAAAUCAUCCAAACAAUUGGAGAUCCUCCUUUUUUCCACCUUCCGAUAUCCCUAAAAUCACGUCCCUCAUGAAGGACCACCGCAUUAUCUACUAUCUAGAGUUAGCCAAGUACUAUGAUGAUGCUACCCAACACACCGUAGACAAGGAAGUGGAAUUAUUCCUUGAUGGACUAAGCUUCAUUCCGGGAUUUAUGUACAAGAGAGAUGUGUCCUACGUGGAAUUUCUUGAUAGGGUUCGAAGUGGAGAGCUAAAGCUUCAGUCACAAGGGUUAUGGGAUGUUCCACAUCCAUGGUUAAAUCUCUUUAUACCCAAAUCUCGUAUCUCAGAUUUCAAUUCUGGUGUUUUCAAUGACAUUGUGACGAGACGAAACAUCACUGUAGGACCUGUCCUUAUUUAUCCUAUGAAUCGAAACAAAUGGGACGAUAGAAUGUCGACAGUGAUACCGGAUGAAGAUGUUUUUUACUGUGUAGGAUUUUUGCAUUCAAGUGGGAAUGAUGGUUGGGAGGAGUUUGAUGAGCAAAUCAAAGAGAUAAUGAAAUUCUGUGAUAAUGCUGGCAUUGGUGUUAAGCAGUAUUUACCAUACUACACAACUAAACAAGAGUGGAUUAACCAUUUUGGACCAAAAUGGGCAACGUUUCAAGACAGGAAAGCCAAGUUUGAUCCUAAAAUGUUACUGUCCCCAGGACAAAGAAUUUUUAACUCGUUUUAGCAUCCAAGAGUUCUGUAUAUUUUAAGUUAAUUAAUCAGUAAUUAUUUCCCCUUUAAGUAUAAUAAUAAUGUAAUUAUUUAUAAUUCGUGACAUUAUGUUUUAAGGAAAUGAUUUUGUCGCGCUGUAGAUGAUCAUAAGACACGCUGCAUAAACA